AUGGCCAAUGAAAUCUCUGGAGCACAGGCAUUAGACGAUUUUCACGUGUCUUUCGAUUCAUUUCAUUCAGGUGAAACUCCCAAAACAGCAUCUGACGCCACAAAGUUUUUUCUUAUUGAUGCAAAUGAAGUUCUAAAUACUCCAACUGCAAUAUCUAAGACUUCAAGUUCAGGGGGAUUGUUUUUUGCCGAUGAUUUCCAUAAACGUCUACCUGUCCUCAACUCACUUUCAAAUGACCACCAUUCUUCAGUAGCAGUAGAAUGCGAACAUCCUAAUGCAACCGAUAAUACUGAGAAACCUGGUGUUCCACAUGCAAAUCCUGAGAUUUUACAAACAGAAAAUUUGUUUAUACCCCAAUUUGGAUUAAAUCAGCAAUCUGAAGUUAACACAUCAACUGGACCGUCUGUGUUAUAUUUAAACCAUCUUUCUCCUGACAGUACUACAGCAAAGAUCGAUUCUGUGCCUGUUUCAUUGAAAUUGGAAUCAGGUGAUAAUACUGCAGCAUCUUUCCAAUCAGUUAUUACUAAAGCUGAUAAUAAUGCUACAGUUGGGCUGAAUGAUUUGCCACUCUUAACUAAUGCAUUAUCAAAUCUUGAAAACACGGGCAUCACUGUUGAUCAGACGGCUGUUUCACAUUCGACUUACCUGACAAAUAGAUCUAAUACUACAACCGCCAGUCUACCAACGAUAUCUAGCGCUGUUAUCCUUAGCAAUAUUGGUCUUACACAAAAUCCUUGUUUGUCCGUUUCAGCAGACACUAAUCCUGUUUCCGGAAUAGCUUUUUCAACUAGAAAUCAGCCUCCUUACAUACCAGCCCCACUUGUUCUUGGAAACGGGCUAACGCUAACCACAUUGUUGACUGCUGAGAACAGCAGUGGUCUUCUAACACCUACAACUCCCAACACUACUUUCUUGCCACUUCUUGCAUCCCCUGGUCCUGGAGGUUUUUAUACACCUGGAGUGUUAACUGGUCUAGCUAAUCCAACAGGUACUUUUUCAUUUCUAUCCCCCGUUCCAAACCUAUUGGCAAGUAGUAAUGCGGAAGCAACUAAUAUUUCCAUCGGUGGAAGUUUCGCACAGACUUCUGUUACAGCGGAUAAUAUAGUCAAGCAAGAACAUAUGUGCUUCACUGACACAGUAACAGUUGAUGAUGGUUUGAUUAAUACGACACAUAAAUCCGUUAUAAAUAAUUCUUCUGAAUGUGCACCUGAUACAACGGUUGUCACUGAAGAUGACGUUGGUGAUAAUGAUUAUUCAUCUAAAUCCACGCUGAAAGGCGCUGGCAUCUCAAGGAGGCGCAAAUCGACAACUCGUAAUAAGAGUCGAAUAGUUAGAGGAGAAUAUGGAGUUCAUUCUGAAAUAGAAAUUCAGGCAGGAAUAACAUCUAGUAUACCUGAAAGAAUAUCAGAAAAGCCUCACAAAUGCACGUCAUGUAACAAAUGCUUCUCACGAUCUGAUGAACUUACAAGACAUGCAAGAAUUCACACUGGUGCGAAACCUUUUAAGUGUGCUGAAUGUCAAAGGGAAUUUUCGCGUUCAGAUCAUCUAACUACACACAUGAGAACGCACACUGGUGAACGACCAUUCGUUUGCGAUAUAUGUGGUCGCAGUUUUGCUCGUUCUGAUGAACGUAAGCGUCAUACAAAAGUGCAUCAAAAGAGUAAUCAAAAACUUCCUAACUGUGACUUGAAAGUGAAUGUAACUAAAAGUUCAAUAAAUUCAACCUCUGAUUCUAAGACAAACUGUGGUGAGAAACGUAGCGUCCCACAAGCGACAAAAUGUUACGACACAGCUAAAAAUCCUCGUAAACUGAAAAUAGAAGAUCUGGCAGAUAGCUCUACUUUUCAGUCUAAUCCUAUAAGUGUAGAAAAAGUAAGUGUACUUAACGAUGGAAUCAGUGUUAAUCAACCUAUCCCAGAACAGAGAUUACUUCUCGCUACUUGUGAUUCUCAUCCCGGGCAGCUUACUUUACAUGCUUUCCCCAGUUCAACAGGUCUAGGUGGUUCCAGUGUCAUAUCGCCCCACUCGCAAUUAGUCUUUGCAGCUUUGCCUUCUAUGUCACUCUCCGCAGUUCCUAUUCUGAGUCAAGUUAACACUGAGAUUGCAAACACUUUUAAUCUUGCAACCGGAACAUUUGCUACACAACCUCAUGGUCACUUUUUGGCAGUGUCAUCUACACCACUGUCGAGCUGUAUUUCUAAUUCAACUGAAGGUAAUAUAGUAGUAUCACAGAACCAAGCUGUUUCUUCAGUAUCCCCAAGCUUUGCGUUAUUAUCUACCAUCCCAUCACAGCAUCAAAAUGAAAUGAGCACAGAAUGUGUGCAUGGGACUUCCAUGAACAAUGUGAUAUCAUCGACGUGCAUCACAACACCGACCAUACCGAAUUGUUACACUAUACGUGCUUCACUUUUCCCCCAACCAGUUCAAACAUAUCCUUCCGGAUUUCAUCAUUCUCAAACUUCGCCCUAUUUCACUGCCAUAGCAUGUUCUCCGGACGGCCUGAAUGCUAAUCAAGCUGGCGCAUUCUUCGCUCCUAUGAUAGCUCCCACUCAGUUACCUGCUAAUACUACUGUUUCAGGCACCGAUCUCCCUACCAGCUUCCAUCCAGCACAAGCUAAUCUUCAGCCGGAAUUCGUAGCUACAGCUGAUGGUAUUUCUCCUACUAGUUUACUUACAGGCACCCCAACAUGUAUUUUUAUUACUCCGAAUCCGUAA